AUGCCUUCUUUUGCUUUUGGAUCUCAUCACCAUUUGGCGAAUCCCAUAGACUCGCCGUACUCCGUCGAAAUUAGCGCCGACGGCGACUCCUCCGACUUGGAUUCUUUGUCUGAGGUCGAUUUAGAGACCGGCCGCUUACCGGAGCUACAUUCCGGUUGCUCUUGUAAAGGUGAUUUGGGUGUUGCUCAUAGUAAGUGUGCUGAAACUUGGUUCAAGAUCAAAGGAAACAUCUGCAUUGAGAAUCUUGCAGUCCCUAUGGUCUCAAUUAUACUUAUAGUUUGGACAUGUGAGAUAUGCGGUGCAAUGGCUCUAAACGUGGCUGGCGAACAGUCAAACCCCGAGAGCACUGCCUCUGCCAAUUCACAAGCAGCUGGAGGACAACAACCUCAAACUCAAACAGAGCCACUGGGAAUCUGGCAUGGUCGCCGUGUUAUGAACUUCUUACUUGCCGCUAUGGUCUUCGCCUUCAUUGUUUCUUGGCUUUUUCACUUCAAAGUCCUCAAGUGA